AGCAAGUUCAGGCCCAUCUGCACAAACUCUCACGACAACCUUUCAAAGUUCCAGCUGUCAACAUUCAAGAUUGCAUAUCGUACCCAUUGGCUUCAUCUUACGCUCCAAAGACCCACCCCACAGCCGUUCCGCAAUUUCAAACAAUCCUUAGUCUCUUUCCAAGAGACACGCAUAUAAUCAACGCACAAGCUUCGUCCUGGUCAUCACCAUCAAGUAUCUGUCAGCUUCUCAACUAGCCACUCCACUCAUUCGGAAAUGGCACUGUUUUUGCCCACCUUCGGCUUUGGCAGCCUUUUCUAUGCCAGCGUCUUGACCAUCAAUGCGAUCGCCAUCCUGUCCGAGGACCGCUUCCUUGCCCGCAUCGGCUUUGGAAAUGCAGGCCAGGAGCUCGCCUUUGGCCAGCCCCGCGACGACACGAGCAUUAAGGCCAAGACCAUCUCACUGGUGAACAGCAUCCGCAUGGUCGCGAGAGUGCCGCUCAUCUUCGUCAACCUCCUCGUCAUCAUCUACCUGCUACUGCUUGGCUGAAGAACAACAUAAUGCACAGAAACCACGAGAGGGAGCAAAAGCCGCUGCCCUUCCCGGCCUCCUAUCGAAGUAGGGUGACCUCGCGACAAUGCCUGAGUCGCUUCACUUGGCUAGUUUCUCUUCUUCGCUACACUGGACCUGCGCCGAGGUGACUGCACCGGACCUGGAUAUCUUUAACAAAUGAAUCAACCUGUCCAACAUCUCAUGCGUAGGGAAGCAGCUUUCGAUGACGACUAGCGAUUUCUGUGGCAGGAGGCAUGCGGCGGUUUUGAAAACGGACGGAAGGAAAAGGAAACGGUGAUGGGUAGUGGAAGGAGGGACAGCUGUUGCCUGGCAGCUUGACUUCAGAUAGUCUUGCCGCUGUUCAAAGUGGGGGUCUCAAAAAAAGAUUAACAAGACAGAGAUUCAAGAAAAAAAAAAUAAGGCAAGGAUCGAGGAAAAAUGGACUGGAGACCAGAGCCAAGGAAGAGGAAAGGAAACGUGUUGCUUACAUUUCAAUGGCGCAGAGAUUGCACGAUGAAGAAACACCCAUAGGGCACGCCGCCACCGCGCCAUGAGCGACGCAGCCGUCGCGAACACAGCCUUUGUGUAUGUUAUAAUACAAUGAAGUUGCCCUGGUGGGCUGCCACCAGGGCCGAACAAAGCGGGGUAGAGGAAAAGAAAACCUCACAUCCUCACUAUGCCCAUCUGAGCCC